AUGGAACCAUCGCAGCUCCAAGCCGUCGCAGCGUAUAGCGGCAUUGAGGUGACGGUGCCCGAGUUCGAGUACGAGAGGGACAAACACGCCCUACGUCUCGAGCCCUGGUUCCUAGCGAAUUUUCCCUUAGGCAAAAUCCGGGUGUUCGAGGCUGCCGAUGGCUUCACUCUCUACGAGAUUAUCCUCGACUCUCUGACCCGCGCCAAGUACUCGGACCUCAUCCGCCACUUCGAGAGCAUCGUCCGCCAGCCCCAGUUCGCGCCCAUCUUCGGCGAGCCCAAUUUCACAGACAGGCCUUUGGCAUACACUCCUCCCCAAGCCGUAUAGGCGGGCACGCGAACCAGGUUGUCCCAAAGCUACAGUGCUUGUCAGAUCGAAUUCGUGUUGUAUG